GGCCCGGAAGCGGACGGAGGCGGCUCCGGUCCCCUCGUCUGCCUGCCAUGGAUGAGGCAGAUCGGCAGCUCCUGCGGCGGUGCCGGGUGCGGCUGGUCAGCGAGCUGCAGGUGGCCGCGCUCUGGGAUGCUUUACUGAGCCGCGGGCUCUUCACGCUCGCCAUGAUCGAGGACAUUCAGCAUGCAGGAUGUGGGUCUCGGAGUGACCAGGCCAGGCAGCUGAUCAUAGAUCUAGAGACUCGAGGGAGCCAGGCCCUUCCUUUGUUCAUCUCCUGCUUAGAGGACACAGGCCAGGAUAUGCUGGCUUCACUACUGAGAAUGAGUGGACAAGCAGAGAAGCAGAGAAGCAGAGAAGCCAUCAGACCCCUGGACCUCAGGCCUGGGGUGCCCAGACCAAUGGGCACUGAACGAGAGGAGCUGACAGUGAAGCAGGAGCCAGCAAAGCCAACCCCAGGUGCACUUGAUACAGUGGUGCUACGGCCUGAGGAGCUCUGGCCAGCCAAGCCCAGGCCAAUGGUUGUCAGACCAGAGGUGCCCAGACCAGUGGACUGUGGUUCUGGCGUUUUCAGUGAUGUCUGUGAGGCAGUGAGACUUCAGGUUACAUUGCUCCCUCUGCCUGGGCAGUCAUACGUCCUGAAUGUGGACCCCUGUGGCCUCUGCCUCAUUAUCAACAACGUGAACUUCAGCCUCAGUUCGGGGCUCAGCCCGCGCACUGGCUCCAAUAUCGACUGUGAGAAGUUGCAGCGAUGCUUCAGGUCCUUGCAUUUCAUGGUGGAGGUGGAAUAUGACCUAACUGCCCAGCAAAUGGUCCAGGCUUUCGUGGAGCUGGCGCGGCAGGACCACAGCGCUCUGGACUGCUGCGUGGUGGUCAUCCUCUCUCAUGGCUGUGAGGCCAGCCACCGCCAGCUCCCAGGGGCCGUUUAUGGCACAGAUGGAUGUUCUGUGUCCAUUGAGAAAAUUGUGAAGAUCUUCAAUGGAGCCCACUGCCCCAGCUUGGGAGGGAAGCCCAAGCUCUUUUUCAUCCAGGCCUGCGGUGGAGAGCAGAAAGACCCUGGAUUUGAGGUGGCCUCCACUUCCUGUGAAGACAGAACCCCUGGUGAGGACACUGAGUCAGACUCUGUCCCAUUCCCAGAAGGGCCGGGCACCUCCGACGAGCCAGACGCCAGGUCCAGUUUGCCCACACCCAGCGACAUCCUUGUGUCCUACUCCACCUUCCCAGGUUUUGUCUCCUGGAGGGAGACCAAGAGAGGCUCCUGGUACAUCGAGACCUUGGUCAGCGUCCUAGAGCAGUGGGCUCACUCUGAAGACCUCCAGACCCUCCUGCUCAGGGUGGCUAAUGCUGUUUCGCAGAAAAGGAUUUACAAACAGAUGCCUGGUUGUUUUAAUUUCCUCCGGAAAAAACUUUUCUUUAAAACAUAAUGUGGCCGGGACUCCUCAUCCUGUCUUCGCUUUCACUCCAAAACCUUCCUGCUCCAGGCCGGCGGCGGCUGAGGCCUGAACUCCCUUACGCUGUGGCUGUCAGGCUUUGAAGGGCUUUGUGGCCUGUAGAGGAUCUUCCCUCUCCCGGCGGGUAGCAGACAGGCUCUUAGCAGCUUCCAACCUGGAGACAAAGGACCAGCGAUGGAAGAAGAGGAGCAGAAGAAUGUCAUGGAGACCAUGUGACUCUCUACCAGUGGCCUGGUCCCCUACUAGUGGCUGUGGCCUCUGACCCCUGUGUUUUCUCUAGAGCAGGGCUUCUCAACCUUGGCACUAUUGACAUUAGGGGCCAGACAGUCCUUUGUUGUCCUGUGCACUGUGCAAUGUUUAGCUGUGUCCCCAGCCUCCACUCCACAGAUGCAGGUGGCACCUCUCCCUGAGUCGUGACAGCCCGAAAGGUCUUCAGACAUUGCCAGAUAGCCCCUGAAACUUGAGCCCUACUUGAGAAGCACCCAUCUGUAGGAACUGUUGGCUUGAAACAAACCAACACCUCUCUUAGAUCAGCAAGUUUGGGGCUACCAGAGUCUGAACAGUUAAAAAAUCUGUGAAUCUGAAGUGAAAUUAGAAAAAAUUGUCAAUUUUUCUUAUGGCAGUAUUCUUUAAAAAAAAAUCUUCGGUGAA